UUUGGAUUCACACACGUACCAUUGAAUUAUAUCUCAAUACACUUUUACUUAAUUAACUUAUUUCCAAACCAAGUAGCCAAAAUCAUAUUAUUCUUCUCUCUCUUCCUUUUUUGAGUUUCAAAAUGCAUAAAUACGAGAACGAGAGACGAAGACCAAAUUAAAGUCCAAGCACCAAUCUAGACCUCUUAGGAAAAAAACCUAAAAACCUAAUCCCCAAACCUAAAAGGCUUAUCUCAUCUCUUCUUCUUUGUCUUCUUUACUCUUUUUUUACCUCUCUCUUCAUUGUUCUUCACCAUGUCUAAUGAAACCAGAGAUCUCUACAACUACCAAUACCCUUCAUCGUUUUCGUUGCACGAAAUGAUGAAUCUGCCUACUUCAAAUCCAUCUUCUUAUGGAAACCUCCCAUCACAAAACGGUUUUAAUCCAUCUACUUAUUCCUUCACCGAUUGUCUCCAAAGUUCUCCAGCAGCGUAUGAAUCUCUACUUCAGAAAACUUUUGGUCUUUCUCCCUCUUCCUCAGAGGUUUUCAAUUCUUCGAUCGAUCAAGAACCGAACCGUGAUGUUACUAAUGACGUAAUCAAUGGUGGUGCAUGCAACGAGACUGAAACUAGGGUUUCUCCUUCUAAUUCUUCCUCUAGUGAGGCUGAUCACCCCGGUGAAGAUUCCGGUAAGAGCCGGAGGAAACGAGAGUUAGUCGGUGAAGAAGAUCAAAUUUCCAAAAAAGUUGGGAAAACGAAAAAGACUGAGGUGAAGAAACAAAGAGAGCCACGAGUCUCGUUUAUGACUAAAAGUGAAGUUGAUCAUCUUGAAGAUGGUUAUAGAUGGAGAAAAUACGGCCAAAAGGCUGUAAAAAAUAGCCCUUAUCCAAGGAGUUACUAUAGAUGUACAACACAAAAGUGCAACGUGAAGAAACGAGUGGAGAGAUCGUUCCAAGAUCCAACGGUUGUGAUUACAACUUACGAGGGUCAACACAACCACCCGAUUCCGACUAAUCUUCGAGGAAGUUCUGCCGCGGCUGCUAUGUUCUCCGCAGACCUCAUGACUCCAAGAAGCUUUGCACAUGAUAUGUUUAGGACGGCAGCUUAUACUAACGGCGGUUCUGUGGCGGCGGCUUUGGAUUAUGGAUAUGGACAAAGUGGUUAUGGUAGUGUGAAUUCAAACCCUAGUUCUCACCAAGUGUAUCAUCAAGGGGGUGAGUAUGAGCUCUUGAGGGAGAUUUUUCCUUCAAUUUUCUUUAAGCAAGAGCCUUGAUCGAUCAUUGUUAUAACUACAUAUAUUAUAUAUAUUGAGAGAGAGAGGUAGAGAAAAAAAAAACUUAUAUGUAACUUAAGAUCUUAUUUUGUCUCUCUUAUUUGCAUGUACAUAUUUUUUCAUGAAAGAAUGAGACAGUUGGGCUUGCUUAUAUAUUUGAUGAUGUUUAAUGUGUUACCGUUGGAUACAUAUUUUCGCUUCC